AUGAACGACUUGACUAAUUCCAACGGAGUACUCGAUUACCUGUCAAACACACAGUUUGCGGCAGCCGAUGUUCAGCGCCUCACUGGAGGAUUCACUGCGUUUAGUUAUCGAGUCUCCUUGUCAACUCCUCUCGAGGAUGGCUCUACAACUCUUAUAAUAAAACAUUACGAAGAUUAUGUUGCGUUUGCCCCCGAGAUUAGGUUCGAAUCUACUCGUUCAGAUUUUGAGUACAACGCGCUUAUGGCCCUCUGGGACUGCGGCCUAAUCAAUCAUGACAGUGUCAUUCAGGUCCCUCGCCCGAUCCACUACGACCGAGAGACUCACACAGUUUUCCUGUCUGACUUAGGUUCAGACAUUGUUAGCCUCGACGUCAUGUUUGACGAGCAUCUCAAACGUGCAUGUAGUGAUUUAGAUCACGCGAACAUUCAGGCCGUAGCAUCUGGUAUUGGUUCAGCGCUGGGAAUAUUCCUUGGGAGGUUACACGAAUGGGGUAGCUCCACCGAGCACCGUCAACUUUUCCUCUACCCCCACCGACAGGACCGCAUAUUUGCACUCUUCGCCAACUUGAGUAUCCGCUCAGCGACCAAGUUUGGAGUCAAAGAAGGAUGGCUAGAAAGUAUGCUAUCAGAGGAAUCUCGCAGGAUAUCUAUUGAUGAUCGGGUUCUCGCCAUGGGUGACCUUUCGCUAAGCACGUUUCUGUGA